AUGCGUCCUCAUUAUGCGUGUGCCGUCUUCGUGGUGAUCUGCCUUCUUCCCAAUUUUAACCAAGCCGACAGCUUCACUACCGAUCCGUAUCUCGACAGUGAUUCCACGUCACAGCCUAACAUAAUCACAAAUAUAACGAUACCAGAUGUGACAGGGAUUGGCACCGUGCAUGUUACCAGCGUCCGGAGUGCCAAUCUGUCCUGUCCACUGACAAAAUACAAAAGUGGGCCACAUGGAGACGUUAGUCUCUACGUGAGUACGUGUGUGAACCUGACGAAUGUUGACAUUGACAUGCCGGACAUGAGGCUGAACGCCACAAUUGGUCUGGCAGUUUUCAACGUCUCCGUAAACAUGACAGAGAGUAAGAAAACUUCAGCCAGUGUUCACUUACUACUUACUGAUUGGAAUGUCAGCAGAAUUAACGGACCACCGCUCUUUGUCAACAUUUCGUCGAAGACAUUGAAAAACAAACACGCCAUGCAAGUUCUUCUGCAAACUGAGGUCAAUUCGCGACUGAAGAAGGAGGCAAACGCAGAAUGGCUUUACAAAAAGUUGUCCGAACUUUGGCCAGACGAAACAUCCACGACUUUUGACUUUACAUCAACUACACUUGACAUGUUCUGA